GUCCCGCUGUCCUGCUGCUCCGUGUCCUGCUGUCCCGGUGUCCCGGUGUCCCGGCACGCAGGAUUCUUCUGCUUAAUCCUUCAGAUCCUGGGCUGCAGCCAGAGGAAAUCUGGACCAUCCUAUGGAAAAGAGAGUUGGAAGUACACAGGGAGCAGAGGCCUGAGGGCUGGGGGUUUCCCUGUGCAGUGAUGCCCAGCAUAGGAGCGUUGCGGCGCGCGCUGGCCGCGGCCGUUCUCCAAUUCCUCAUCCUCUCAGGACAUUGGGCUGCAGCUGAGAACAUCAACUUCCACAACAUCAGGCCUCCUCUAGACCCCACUCCAUUCCCAAACAGUUUCAAGUGCUUUACCUGUGACAACGCAGUGGACAACUACAACUGCAACAGAUGGGCUGAGGACAGGUGGUGUCCUGAAAGCACGCGGUACUGCCUGACUGCCCACCUGUUCACGGCGCGCGGGGAGAGCACCUCGGUCACCAAGAGAUGCGCCACGGGCGAGGAGUGUCACCUGGUGGGCUGCCACCGCCGCGGGGACAGCGGCCACACGGAGUGUGUUUCCUGCUGUGAAGGCAUGAUCUGCAACGUGGAGAUCCCCACCAACGCCACCAACGCGGUGUUCGCCGUGCUGCAGGCGCGCAGGGCGGCCGCGGGCAGCUGCGCCCUGCCUGGCCUGCUGACGCUGCUGCCACUGGUGACACUGGUGACACUGGCACUGUCCUGACACAGCACCCCCAGACAGAGCUGCUGGGACAGCCCCCGGGCCGGGAACCUGCCGGGUCUCCAAGGAGAAGUCACUGAUUUCAUCCCAGCGGAUUUACGGAGAGGCGCGUCCCGAACUCCUUGGGUGUUGUAGUGGGAAUCCUUCCCCGGCAGUGUUGGAAAUAAACCCCACAAAAACCCUCCAGUGGGGAGGAAUCAAGUUUUAAAUCCCUAUUCUCUGAGGAAAAUGCACACUUUUUUGGUUUUUGGGACAGGACUGUGACAAUCACAAUCGAAAGGAGCUUUGGGUGGAUGAUGUGGAAAGGUGGGAAUUUAAACCUUUAAUGUGCAUAAACAACUCAGAGUUUCUUAUCAAGGUGUGUCUGAGCUUAUCUUGAUUUCAUAGAGAACACCUCUGGUUUUCAUAGAGAACAAAUACGAGGUUGGUUUUUUUUCUGCUUGAUCAGAGCUCUUAUUUCUCCUGGCAAUAAUACAAAAUUAUUUUUUUUUCUUUCUGUAAAAUGCCUCAUGCUCCUUCUGUUUUGAAGCUGUGGGAAAUGUAGAAUUGCUUAAAAGCCUGUUGGAGCACUCAGAGCAGAAUUCCUGAUCUUUCAAAGCAAAGGGCUUAUUUCCUUGCAAUUGAGUGUCCCCUCAGAAUAACACAAAAAUAUUAUUUUUGUGAUACUGGGAUAUCACUACUUCGAAAUCACAGCUAUGGUCAAGCAGCUUCAUUAUCCUAAAAAUUCCAAGUGAGCACUUGGAAUAAAUAAGGAGGGAAUUCUGCUGUGUUCUCUCUUGAUUUGCACAGGUUUUUUCCAGGAAUUUUUUUGUCCUGAUGGAUGUUUUCGGAAAAGGAUGGAUCACUUAAACUGACUCAAAAAAGAGAUUUGGAGCUGCUCCCUUAAAAAAUCGAGUAGCUACAAAUUUGGCUCCAUUUACAUCAGUAUUGCCUGAAUUAUUUGCUGUUUUGUGUCAGUAAUUAUAUUUAGUUGUAAAAAAGAUUUUGGAAUAUUUCCAGGCAUGUUGACAUUCCGAAAUUUCCUCCACAAUGUUCUUAGAAUGCAGAAAGGUGGCUGAAUUCAGUCUGUGGCUCCUGGACAGGCGAUUGUGCAGCAACAAAAUUUGGAUGGGAAAGCUUUUUCCUUGCUGAAGGAAAACGGUUCUUGAUGUCAGAGGCAAGGUUUUCCAGGAUCUGGAUUCUCAUGGAUCUCUCAUUUCUCGAGAUCUGGAAUCUCUCUUUCCAUAUCUGGAUUCUGUGCCAUCCAGCAGGGAUGGAAUUCUGCUCUGGAGCCAGGCAGGGAGAGCUGGGGGUGCUCACCUGGAGAAGGGAAGGAUCCAGGGAGAGCUUCCAGCACAUUCCAGGGCCUAAAGGGGCUCCAGGAGAGCUGGAGAGGGACUGGGGACAAGGCAUGGAGGGACAGGAGCCAGGGAAUGGCUCCCACUGGGAAAUGGGAGAUUUGAGUGGGAUAUUGAGAAGGAAUUCCUGGAUGGGAAGGUGGGGAGAGGCUGGGCUGGAAUUCCCAGAGGAGCUGUGGCUGCCCCUGGAUCCUUGGCAGUGCCCAAGGCCAGGCUGGAUGGAGCUUGGGACAAGCCUUGAGAAGGCUGGGCAGAGUCACAGAACAAAGCAGGGAUUUAUCCAAAGGAUUUCCUCCAUGGAUGCACCUUGGGCAGCACCAGAGCCCAGCCAGGGCUGCGCCCAAGAUGAACCAAAAUGGCCCCAAAAUGCAC